UCUGUGGAGUCUACCGGAGACAUCAACCAUUUGGGAUAGAUGAUUUCCAAUCGAGGGUCCUCUCUCUGAAUCUUUCUAUCCACUAAUCCACAGUCCACACAGCUUCUGCCUUCUGCUACAAAGGUUAGCAGAAGAGAAGAGAAGGCUUGAAACUCUUAAAAUGGCGUCUGCAACGCUGAUGCCAUUCUGUUUGAAGCUUCCGUCCUCUAUUCCUUCAUUUCGGAGUUACUAUGGCGUUCGUCUUGCUCCAUUUAACAAGACAGCCUCAUUGAAUCUUACUUCGUCGCAAAACAUUUCUGGGUUUCGUUCCAUUCUCCCAAAUAAGCUCUGCAUAAUCACUUCUACCCCUCGAAACCCUCCACCUCCCACCAUUGUCGCCGCAAAGGGUUACAAAAUGAAAACCCAUAAGGCUUCAGCAAAGAGAUUUCGGGUGACGGGUACUGGGAAGAUAGUCCGGAGAAGAGCUGGAAAGCAGCACUUGCUUGGCAAGAAGAAUACGAAGAGGAAACUUCGACUUUCGAAAAUGGUGGGCUUUUCUGAAUUUCAUUCCGAAUUAAUAGAAGUAUGAUUUUAUAUGUUGUAU